AUGGAUCAACUGCCAUCUUCGUCGUCACCGUUGUUAUCGUCAUCGUCAACGACAACGGGCAAUGGAGAACGCUAUGGCGGCGUUGGAAGCAACGCUGGUAAACGUCAAAGAAAGAAACUAGUUCACCAAACAUCUUUAGAUUUAGGUUCAGACGGAUACCAAAUCCCCGGCAGUGUGAGCCCAGUUCAGCCUGCUGACAGUCAGACCGAUCUUACGGCUGCCGUACAAGCUUCUCAACAGGACAUUUUGAUGAAAUAUCUCUUCCCGGCAGAAAACUUUUGUGAAAACCUUUGUUGUCCUGUCAAACGCAAUGUUAGUGGGGUCUUAUUCAGAGCAGUUGGAAGUACAAUAUGGAGACAUUCACACUCCCAGCCGGAAGUGAUGCAGGAGGUGAUAGACGAAGGAAAAGAAUGGAGUGCAAUGCCAUCUAUCAACUGUUCAGCUAAUCUUCUGAAUCCAGGUUAUUGUUAA